CACCGGAACUUAAACGCUCUUUGUUCGUGUUUCUACACGGAGCGAAAACAAGAGUGCAGCGGUCGAUCGAGCCGCCAAAUUCGUUCGCUUGGUUUUGAGCGAAAUCUAAUUUUGCGUGUGAACCUUGAGAACAGGAUUAAAGUACAAAUUUUUUUAACAUGUGAUCGUGUUGUCAGUACACGUUUACAAAGGGAUUUUAAACCAGUUUAGGCCGUAAUGCGGCGCUGCAGGACUGAGAGUGAACCGACUCCGUGGAUCGAGCAGAUGAUUCAGAACUACAGCAAAGAGCAGCAGCGCUGUUCGAGCGUCAGAGCUCAUGUAGUCGGGGUGAGCGACUUGACCGAGUCUCAGCGCACGGAUGUGAGUGAUGCUUGCAUGCUGUUCCUGUCAGAUGGGACCGUGUUCAUCCCUGCGGUGCUCAGUGCCUCAGCCUGGGAGCACAUGCAGGAGUUAGAGGAGAGAGACACGUUUUCAGGGCUGGACAACACGACGGUGUCGGUGCGAAAAUUCCAGCUGAACUUCCACAUGGACCCAGAACUGACGAACUGUCAGUUUUAUCUCACUAUUAAUCAGAUCGUCACUGUGGGUCGAGUCAGUAGACAUCACCGUCCCCCGAGCUGCACAAUGCUGCCAUCAGUCAGGCAACAAAUCCUGAAGACGUGGCGCUCCCUCAUGAAGGAGAGUUCAAUCACUUCUGUGUGCUCACAGUCAGGACUCCCGCUUUCCUGUUUGAUGGGGGCGUGGCACAAUGACAUCAUCAUGGACCUCCUGAAUGAUGCAAUCAAGAAAAUAGCCACACCCUCUGCAGGUCACCUGGGGACAGCCACGCCCACACAUUGGCACCGAGAGAGGCUUCGCUGCAAGGGUGAGGAGAGUUUCAGCACUCCUGUGUCUCAUCUCCUGAUCCCAGAGGAGCAGAGGGAGAUGUUGACAGCUGAUCCCGGUGUGUCGAGUUUGAGCGAAACUCCAAGUGGUCUGGUGCCUCCGCAAGUAGCUGAACCAAUGACAUCGCCAAUCACUAUGCAAGAUAGGGGCGGAGACUCGUCUACCCCGGCGUCCGAUAGGCUGGAAGAUGGGCAUCUGCUCACCCAGAAUAACACCAAAGCAGGUCUCUCAGAGGUUUGGUGUGGAGGAGGAGGAGGAGAGAACGGGGACCGAGAGAGCCCCUGGGAUUUAUUCGAUCCUGCUGAUGACCUGAUCCGAACCUCCCCAUGUUCUUUAGAGUGUCAUGCUGAGCCGCUCUUACAGCUGGACAGUCGCUCUCAGCUUGUUAACGAGUCCAAGAUCAUUGGUCCAUCUCUUCAAAGACCACACCCAUCUCUGCCUAGCCCCACCCACCGGAGUGACCUGACAACCACAGACCUGCAUCAGGAGCCAACAAUCACACACACUGCAGCCGUGUGUGUAGAAGAAAAAUCCCUAACAGAAGCUCCCCAAAAAAUACCAGGCCACAUGUCGCACACCCCUCCCAAUAAAAAGAGCAGAGUCCAUUCAGACGGAAGCAGUUUCUCAUACACAUAUGAUCCUUGUCCAAACGUCACGUUGGAUCUCAGCCAGUUCAAAGUCCCAGAGCGCCUGGUGCAGUGGGCGGUGGCUUACCUGGGGACCCCUCGACACACACUUAUUGUCAGCAGCGGAGUGGAGCUGAGAGAGGUUCCAAUGUUGAAAUGAUUCUUGUUGUGUUCUGUAUAUUCUGUAUAAACAGUGUUGUUGUACUGAACGUUGUAAAAUCCUUUUUUAAAUAUUAUUUUAUGUGUAUUAUUAAAAUAAAAUUCUCAAACAAAUCUUAAAAA